UUCGCCGUUUUGAUGCUUUUCUCUCAAACCCAUUUCCUUUACAGACCCGGUUACGUUUAAACAUGGAUUUGGGAGUACUUCCUUCUUUAAGCAUGUUAAGGGAAGGAAGGUGACAGUAACCCUGAUGACAUCCUCUGAUCCUUCCAUCAUAGAGGGGUUGAGGACAAAACUGAGAGCGUUACAGAGUAGUCGUCCCAAUCUCAUUGAAGCCGUUAAGGUCUACCAGCUACCGUACAGUGGGCUAAAAGACCACACCUUCAAGGAGGAUGUUGAUAUCAUGGUACUCUGUCAUUCCAUCGAGAACAGGAAAUUUUCCAUCACCAACGUGACUGACUCCCUCUACGACGAGUUCUUCGAAUACAGCAAUGAGAAACUUGGAAAAGAUAGAAUCAUUGUCAUGGCUCACGACUUCCCACCAGAAGCGGAAGAUGUAAGGGCAGUUAAAAUGACUUCUUUCCGUCAAAGCCAAUACUCCACCUUCGAUAACGCAGGUCUGGUUAUGAUCUGUGGGAGGAUGGAUAAGGGAGAGCCGGAGAUUAGAGAUCAAGAUUGGGACAGCUUUGUGAAGUUCCUCGAGAAUGCCUCCAAGAAACCCCUUCCUUCCAAGUCUUCUGUUGUAGCUCAAACAUCAGUUCCCAAAAAUGUCACCUACAACAGCAAACCAACGUCUAAAUUAGAGGAGCGAAAAAUCAAGCCAUCUACAUUUUCUUCAAGUCUCUCCGUUGGGAUGCAAACGAGAUCAUCCAAGCCUGUCAUCUUUAUCUGUACAUCCUAUGGACUCCACAGUAUCAAAGGGCUCACUGAAAUGGUUCAGAAUUCGGUGAAACAAUGUUACUCUUCUUGUGAGAUCAAGGAGACAGAGCUGCCGUUCAGUGGAUUAGAUGACUUUAAGUUUCCUUCAGAGGCAAGCAAAAGAGAUGCCAUGAUCCUCUGCCAUUCGGUGAAUAACAGAGGAUUCUCUAUCACUGAUGUUCCCAACUCACUUUACAACGUUUUUCUAAAGUACUGCAAUCAGCUUUUUGGUAAGGAUCGCGUGGCCGUGAUCGUACACGACUUCGAAUGCAGUCAGGAAAUUCUUACAAUCAAUCUCCAGCAAUUCGAACGAACGCAGCCUACUGCUUAUAAAUUGGCGGGCUUCGUCGCUCUUGCGGAAGAUCUCAACACAUCCGAUGCCAAACUCUGCUACUAUCCAGAAAGUCCUGGCCUAGAUUCUUUUGUCAGAAAAUUACGCUGAAUGCGAUUUGAUAUUGAAUGAAUUGUAUCUGGACAUUCUUCACCACAUAGGGCAACUGCAAGUUUAAGAGUGGUGGACUUGCGAGAGUGAAAACCCUGUCAAAUCCUUGGAAUGAGAGUCAAUUCAUUGAUUUUUUUGCGUUACCGCUUCUCUCUA